ACCCCACUCUUCUCCCAAGUUUUCGGGCAUGUGAGCCCCAGCGCUUUGUACCAUGUCUCUGGAGGGUCUGGAAGUGACCCAGAAUGUGGCGGACCUGGAAGCCCUCCUGAGGGGAGCAGAGGCCAUCCAUGUGAUGGAACAGCAGAUCGUGAUCAUUUCCACCCCAGACCAGCUCCCCACGGCCGAAGGACAGAACGACACGGAACUGCUGCUCUUCGCCACGCCACAGCCCGCCAGAUUGCAGUCAGCAACGCAGAGGCCUGCUCUGGAACGGCCGCCGGUAAAACGGAAGCUGAACCUGGAGACCGACCACCAGUAUAUUGCAGAGAGUGUCCAACCACCCCAAGGAAAAGCGAGAAACCCUGUCAAAGGGGUCAAGUCUCCUGGGGAGAAAUCCCGCUAUGAAACCUCUCUGAAUCUGACUACCAAGCGUUUCCUGGAGCUGCUGAGCCAAUCCCCUGAUGGAGUUGUGGAUCUCAACUGGGCUGCAGAAGUGCUGAAGGUACAAAAGAGGCGGAUCUAUGACAUCACUAAUGUUCUGGAGGGCAUCCAGCUGAUCACGAAGAAGUCCAAGAACCAUAUCCAGUGGCUGGGUAGCCGGUCUGCUGUAGGGGGCACCAGCAAGAACCAGGGGUUGGUGAAGGAACUCCAGGAUCUUCAAGCAGCAGAACAGCAACUGGACAACCUCAUCCAAAUGUGUACAACACAAUUCAAACUCCUUACCGAGGACCCUGAGAACAAGCAUUCAGCUUAUGUGUCUUGCCAAGACCUGCGCAGCAUUGCAGACCCUUCAGAACAGCUGGUGAUGGUGAUCAAAGCCCCCCAGGAGACACAAAUGCAAGUCUCUGAUCCAGCAGAGGCAUUCCAAAUUGCUGUGAAAAGCACUCAGGGCCCCAUUGAUGUGUUCCUGUGUCCUGAAGAGAGCUCUGCAGUCUGCAGCCCCACCAAGAGUCCACUGAAAGUGGCUUCUGAGGAACCUUCUCCAGGAUCUUCACAAGCAUCAUCAUCCGUGCUUCUCCAUCCCUCCCAGGACAUGAAUUUGCCAUUGCUAGGUGGAGACCAAGCAGAGCCAUUCCUGCCUGGAGAGAGCACGCUCCCUCUGAAGUGCCCCGGGGACGACGUGAACCUCUCGCCACUGGCCUGCGUGGACGCCCUGCUCCACCAAGGCAAGGACGACUUCUCAAGCUUCCUGCCUUCCGAAUUCAUCGCUCUUUCACCCCCCCAGACCCAGGACUAUCACUUUGGGCUCGAGGAGGGUGAAGGCAUCAGCGAGCUCUUUGACUGUGAUUUUGGAGACUUUACUUCCUUGGAUUUCUGAGCAUCCUCUGAUGGAGGUGGGGAUGGGAGUGAGUGCCACUCGGCUGACCCUGCCCCCACUCCAGGGUAUCCUCUCAGAGUUGACAUCUGAAUGUAAUCGCAAGGCCGGCUGUGGCCUCUGGGGCCAGCGUGCUGUGGAACGGAUUCCAGGGGAGCAAGCAGGAGGCUGGGGCUGGGAAGGCAGUGGAGGGAUUUGGAUCCUAGAGGCAGCUGCCUAUUUCUGGCCACCUCCCUGUGAUUGAGGAAGGUGGCUGUGAAGCUGAUUGCUGCUGUGAAUGUUGCUGUCCCCUCUCUGUGACCUUGUAAGGGGCCAGCUUGGGGCUCAACUACCUUGAGCCUGCCAGACCCAAGCCCCUAGAGGUAGUGACUAGGAGACAGUGGGGUAGAGGUGCCAUGCCCCUCUGGUGCCAUGCUUUGACUAUGGGGUAGACUAGUGAAGCUGUUGCCCUAGCAACAGCUAACUUACUCUAGCUCAACCACUCCUUUCCCUGAUUUCUCACUCAUAAUUGUUUCAGGCCCCCAUCCUGUCAUCUGCUUACCUGCUUUCACCUUGCAGUGAAAGAUUUUCCUCUUGCUGUGGAAGACAUGGCUGUCUGGAGCUCUCUUUCUGAGAAAUGCAUGUCCCUUUGUCCCUCUCCCAGCCAAGCUUCAUUCAGGAUGCAAGGCAACAAUACUCUGGGUAUUACUGUGAGGGGGACACUGUUCCCUUAGCCAGCUGCAAGAGAGCAAGACAGGAACAGUACUUUCAAGAGGAAUAGCAAGAACCCAACUCCCUGCCGUCCUUGAGAUCAGAUCUUUCUGACAGCUGGCCUUGAGGCAUUAACAACUCGUUGUUCAGGCAUGGGAGAAGUUCUCUUUGCUGGCAAGAUGUAAACCUGAGAUUUGCAGUUGAGUCACGAAAUAAUGAGCCAUGUUGAGGAAGGGAGGCUAAGCAACUGGGAUCGGGCAGGCUGGCACCAAGAGAGAGUUUUUCAUGAAAAGAAGCCGCUUAAGUUAAUGAAACAAAAUGGAUAAUCAGACGUGCUGAAGAAGGUCUUUUUCUUAAUUUUUUUAAAUGCCUGGUUGAAGGCAAGUUGAGUUUCUGAAUACAAGGCCCCCAACAAUGGUGGUUUGAAUUGUUUCUGGAUAUUAGCACAGAGCAUGAGAAUCUUGUUCUUGGAGGUUCUCACGAUAAAGCUUUAAGGAGAGUUCUGUAUAGAUUAUUUAUUUAUUUUGGGCUCCCCCCAUCUCCCCAAUACAUAUUUUCUUGGAAGGUUUCUGAUCCUCCCACCUCCUGGUGGAAUAUGUACAUAUCUGGAGGUGGGGUGGGGUUUUAAUUAUUAUUUCUAGAAGUAGCUGGCUAGGUGGCCAAGAGUGUUUGGUUGCCCUUAUCUCUGAGCAGAAGGUCGACAAGACAGAUGGGACAUUGCUUGAGUUAGGGAGCGAAGUUAGCAAGAGCAUGUUGCUUCAUCAGGAGAGGGGCAGUGUGGCUUCCUAGUCUCCAUAAGUGCGAGGGACUCUAGCCCGGAUUGUACUGCAAAACAAGAAGUCUUCUGUUCAUAGGCUUCCCUGUGAAGCAAAGCCAAAAAUACUGACUUCCGUCUCCACACUGCCCCGUGCUAAGCACUGCGGGAUUGUCCGGAUGUCACAAAUUCAUAUUAUUUAUUUAUUAUUUAUGUGGCUCCAUCCAGUGCUCCUGGAAGGUAAGGAAAGUAUCUGAGGAGGAGGCUGCAUGAAGUGGAACUCCUGCAUGUCCAGACAUGUGGGAAAAGGCCAUAUUGUACCCUGUUAGAAUAGCUAACCUAGCAACUGAGAAUGGAAGAACAGUGUUUUGGAAAUGAGUAGUUGGUAUGUCUGUAGUUGAGCUGUUUGACCCAACAGCAAGACCUUGCUGAGUGUCCCAUCCGUGUGAUGGAGUAUGACUGGAUGAGAUUGCGGUAUUGAAAUGCUAUUUAUUGUUAGAAAAUUGACUGCAGAUUCAUCUUGUAGAGAAACUUUUGGGGAUGUUGAGGGGUGGGUAAGAAAGAAAGAGAAAGAGGGGGGCAUGUACUGGGCUAGUACAUGAGUCUGAAGAUGGUGUAGCUGUGUCCUGGAUGUAUCCAUUUUGAGAAGUAGUUGUAGAUGUGAGAAAGCAAAGAGGAAAGGGACUUUAGCAAAACAUGAAAGGGGUGGAGGUUGCCAGCUUGACUAAGGGUGCAAUUCUGUGCAUGUUUAGAUAGGAAAAAAAUGCCUGAGGCAUGCUGGGAGUUGUAGGCCUUUUUGUCCUGUCUAACAUGCAUAGAAUUGCAUCUUGAGAGGUGUACCUAGCAUAUAACAAGGUGAAGUUCAUUGUUCUCUCUUAGGUGCCUUCUCAUUUUAAUAAAUACUGCUUACUUCA